AAGAAGAUAAAUAACUUAAAUUCUUCUAAAGAGACUUAAUCUUAUUAAUCUUUGUGUAAAUAUUAUGGGUGGGGUUAUGACAUCACUGUAGUGUUAGAGAAAGUACAACUAGUUAACAGUGAUAGAGGUCUUACCUAUCUAAACUAUCUGUCUUUAAUCUAACAACAGAAUAUUUCUUCAGUCAUUGUAAGAGGAAACGCAGUUGAUAUUCACUCAAAGCAAUGUCAUCCUUUAGUACUGCGAUAUCUGAAAGGCAUCAGUGUUCAAUCUGUCUGGAUGUGUUCAAUGAUCCAGUCAGCUCUCCAUGUGGACACAACUUCUGCAAGAUCUGCCUGAAGAAAUAUUGGGAAAACAGUUUAUACUCCAGAUGUCCAAAUUGUAACAAAACAUUUAAGAAGAGACCUGAACUCAAGAUUAAUAAAACACUCAGAGGUCUUGUGGAUGAACAUAAGAAGAAAACUGCAGAGAAACCUGAAGUCCUCUGUGACAUCUGUGAUGAAGUAAAACUGAAAGCUGUGAAGUCCUGUCUGGUGUGCCAGAGCUCUUACUGUGAAACUCAUCUGGAGUCUCAUAUGAGAGUGACAGGUUUACAGAAACACAAACUGAUUGAUCCUGUGAAUAAUCUGCAGGAUUAUAUUUGUCUGAAACAUGAGGUACCUCUGGAGCUCUUCUGUAGAGAUGAUCAGACAUGUGUGUGUCUCAUCUGUACUGUCACAGAUCACAAGAAUCACAACACUGUGACUUAUGAAGAGGAGAUUGCGGAGAAGAAGAUUGAGCUGUUGAAGACACAGACAGACGUGCAGCAGAAGAUCCAAGACAGAAUCAAAAAGAUUCAAGAUAUCAAACAUUCAGCAAAACUCAGAAGAAGAAACACAGAGAAGGAGCAAGCAGCCAGCUUGGAGAUCUUCACUGAUUUCAUCAGAUCCAUUGAGAGAUGUCAGUCUGAAAUAAUGAAGAUGAUGGAGGAGAAGCAGAAAGCAGCAGAGAAACAGGAUGAAGAUCUCAUUAAAGAUCUGGAGCAGGAGAUCACUGAACUGAAGAGAAGAAACACUGAGCUGGAGAAGAUCACAAACACUGAAGAUCAUCUACACAUCAUACAGAUUCACUCAUCCAUCUGUAGGCCUUUAAACAUCAAGAACUGGCCUGAGAUCAGUAUGAAGACUCAUGUGAGUGUGGAGGACACACUGAGAUCUUUGACUCAACUGCAGGAGACUCUUCAUGAGAAACUUGGUGAAACUGUGUUGAAGAAGAUGCAGCAGUAUGCAGUGGAUGUGACUCUGGAUCCUGAUACAGGAAAUCCAUUUCUCAUCCUGUCUGAUGAUAACAAACAAGUGAGAGAUGGAGACAUGAAGCAUAAACUCCCAGACAACCCAAAGAGAUUUGAAAAUUAUGCUAAUGUCCUGGGAAAGCUGGGAUUCUCAUCAGGGAGAUUUUAUUUUGAGGUUCAGGUGAAGGGAAAGACUGCCUGGACUUUAGGUGUGGUCAGAGAAUCUGUUAAUAGAAAAGAAAAGGCCGCACUGACACCAGCGAAUGGAUUCUGGAGUGUAAUUUUGAGGAACGAAAAUGAAUAUAAAGCUUGUGCUGGUCCCUCUGUCUCUCUGUCUCUGAAAGUAAAACCACAGAAGGUGGGUGUGUUUGUGGAUUAUGAGGAGGGUUUGGUCUCCUUUUAUGAUGUGGAGUCCAGAUCUCAUAUCUACUCUUUCACUGGUCAAUCUUUCAAUGAGAAACUUUAUCCAUAUUUUAGUCCAUGUAACAAUAAUAAAGGUAAAAACUCAGCCCCACUGAUCAUCACACCUGUUAAUAACAAUCAAUAAAUUUACCAACCAAAAGUAGAAUACUAU